AUGGAAAGGGAAAAACUCUUCGAUCAGAAAACUCUACUUCGCAUCGAGAUAGGAAUAAAAGCAUUAGAUGAGUCAAGGAAGAGAGAUCAAGAAGAGUUCCUUAAGAAAGUGGAAGAGUUGGUACUUUCAGAUGUGGCAUCUGAGGCAACAAAGCAUAUGAAUGCCCCUAAGAAAACUCGCGAUGAGAUCCUACAAUUUUUCAAGGACAUUCUUAAGCAACUCAUAUAUCCUCUCAUCCUAACCACCAACGACGUAAACACAAAGGCUCAAAUUGGAUUUAAAAGGGUGAUUGAACUCCUAAUGGAGUUAAAGAAUAGCAAGUUUGAGGAGAAGUCAGGGCCUUCUUCCUCAAAACGGGGGAAGGCUACCUAA